UCUUUUGUUCUUAUGUGCAUGAGAAAAUAGAAGGAAUACAAAAUAGGACUGAAUUUCAUUGGACCAUCUUGUCAAAGGUGACACGUUGAUGGUCUCAACAGUGCAUACUUCGCUCACUUGUAAAAUAAGUGUUUCAUGAGGUUUUAAACCUAAAGAAAUUUGGGUCAACAUGCUGAGUCACUGAGGUUUGUGUGUGGUGUUUUUCUAUCUCAUCUCUACAUGCAUACUUUGUCCUGCUGCCUUUGUAGUUCUCCAGCUCUCUCUCUCGCGCUCUCUCUCUCUCUCUCUCUCCCUCCUCCUCCCUCCCCCACCUAAAGUGCUGCAUUGCGUUCUCUGGGCAGACACUAGUGUUCUUGAGUGUACAGAAGGAACACAGAGCUGCCUGUGUACAGCUGAGGGUAAGUGACCAAAGGAAGCUGCCUAAGAAUGCUUACUUCUGGUUUUGACACAGAAUGCAUUGGACUUUUUAAUAUGCACAUUGUUUUGUUACUAUAUUGAGUAUAAUAGUGCACAUUUUAUGAUGAUUAAAUACAAAGGUUAUAACAUGGGUAUUGAGUAUGACUGAUGUGUUCAUAAACAAUUUAAAAAGGUGUUAUUAGGUGCCUAACUGUCUUGCAGGGGAACUGGGUGGACACAUUCUCUCUUUUUGUUAUGGGGAAGGAGAAGAUCCAUAUUAAUAUAGUUGUGAUUGGUCAUGUCGAUUCUGGGAAGUCCACAACCACUGGCCACCUCAUUUAUAAGUGUGGCGGCAUUGACAAGAGGACCAUCGAGAAAUUUGAGAAGGAGGCUGCAGAGAUGGGGAAAGGUUCAUUUAAAUAUGCUUGGGUUCUGGACAAGCUGAAGGCAGAACGAGAGAGAGGCAUCACAAUAGACAUCUCUCUGUGGAAGUUUGAGACCUCUAAAUACUACAUCACCAUCAUCGACGCUCCAGGGCACCGAGAUUUCAUCAAGAACAUGAUUACAGGGACUUCCCAGGCAGAUUGUGCUGUUCUUAUUGUGGCAGCUGGAGUAGGUGAGUUCGAGGCGGGUAUCUCUAAGAAUGGACAGACGCGUGAGCAUGCCCUGUUGGCAUACACACUGGGUGUCAAGCAGCUGAUUGUUGCCGUUAACAAAAUGGACUCCACAGAGCCUUCUUACAGCGAGAAGCGCUAUGAUGAGAUUGUUAAAGAGGUCAGUGCUUACAUCAAGAAGAUUGGCUACAGCCCUGCCUCUGUACCAUUCGUCCCCAUUUCUGGAUGGCAUGGAGACAACAUGCUGGAACCUUCUACUAAUAUGGGAUGGUUUAAAGGCUGGAAACUUGAGCGGAAGGAACACCAUGCCAGUGGAAUCACUCUCCUUGAGGCCUUGGAUACCAUCAUGCCUCCUACACGUCCCACUGACAAGCCUUUGCGCCUUCCGCUGCAGGACGUUUACAAAAUUGGAGGCAUCGGGACAGUACCUGUGGGCAGAGUGGAGACUGGCAUCCUGCGUCCAGGCAUGGUGGUCACCUUUGCCCCUGUCAAUAUCACCACAGAAGUGAAGUCUGUGGAGAUGCACCAUGAGUCUCUGAGUGAAGCGGUACCAGGUGAUAAUGUAGGAUUCAACGUGAAGAAUGUGUCCGUAAAGGAUAUUCGAAGGGGGAACGUGUGUGGGGACAGCCGGUCAGAUCCACCCCAGGAAGCUUCAGGCUUCACAGCACAGGUUAUUAUUCUAAAUCAUCCAGGGCAAAUCAGUGCUGGCUACUCCCCUGUCCUUGACUGUCACACUGCUCACAUUGCCUGCAAGUUUGCUGAGCUGAGGGAGAAGAUUGACCGUCGCUCAGGGAAGAAGCUGGAAGACAACCCCAAGUCCCUGAAGUCUGGAGAUGCUGCCAUUGUGGACAUGGUUCCAGGGAAACCUAUGUGUGUGGAGAGUUUUUCUCAGUACCCUCCCUUGGGACGCUUUGCUGUGCGAGAUAUGAGGCAAACCGUUGCUGUUGGGGUCAUCAAGAAUGUAGAAAAGAAAAUUGGUGGGAGUGGCAAAAUCACCAAAUCAGCCCAAAAGGCUCAGAAAGCUGGCAAAUGAAUCUUGUUGCUCUUGUAACUCCUGAUUUCUGCUCCCAAGCAGUAGAUGUCCUCAUUAUUAUAUCUGGGCAUGCUCACCUGGCCUGUUGCUCUUCAAUCCCAUUCUACAUCACCGACUGGAUGACAGUCAUCUGAAUGUGAAUAGCAGAAAAUAUUUCUUGAAUGUUUGACAUGGCUUUGUUGUAAUUUAUGCUCUCGGUCUAUAUAACUUUGCUAUAAUAUGUAUUAUAAUACUGAUGUUAUGUAUAUGGAAAUGUGUAUAAAAUUCAUAUAUAGUAGAAAGUUUCCAUUUCAAAUUUAAGCUGCAGUCAUAAAAUGAGAGAUGUGAUCAGGUUAACGAUUUGUUGUAGAUUUAUUCAAAACUAUGGAUGCCAAUUGGCUUUGACUUGAUUCCUGUUUUUGUAAGCUGGGCUUAAUGAAUGAACCAGUUAGAAGAAAUAAAAUAAGGUUGUUUGGCAUUUUA